UCAGUUACGGGGGCGGCCCGGCCGGCGGGCGGGCGCUCGCAGGCUACCUCGUCGCUCGCUGGCGCGCGCUGCCUCUCACCGCCUGUGGGGAAGUCGGGGCCGCCCGAGCGGCUGCCGCCACCGUCUAGCCCCGACCUCUUCUCCCGUCCCUUCCCGACUCAGUCUCUCCCGCUCGCGCUCCCCGGAGUAGUGAGUGGUCCCGCGUAGGGUCCGGAGACUCACCGCGGCGGCUCGGGUGGUGUUUAAACCAUGUUUAGGAGGAUUUUGCAGAGGACUCCUGGGAGAGUUGGCUCUCAAGGUUCUGAUUUAGAUUCAUCAGCAGCUCCUAUAAACACAGUGGAUGUCAAUAAUGAAAGCUCUUCAGAGGGUUUCAUAUGUCCCCAGUGUAUGAAAUCCCUUGGAUCUGCUGAUGAACUUUUCAAACACUAUGAGGUAGUUCAUGAUGCUGGUAAUGACUCAGGUCAUGGAGGAGAGGCUCUUGCUCUGAAGCGAGAUGAUAUAACACUACUUAGACAAGAGGUCCAAGACCUUCAGGCUUCACUUAAGGAAGAAAAAUGGUACUCAGAAGAAUUAAAGAAAGAAUUAGAAAAAUUUCAAGGGCUGCAGCAGCAAGAGUCUAAACCUGAUGGAUUGGUGGCUGACUCAUCAGCAGAACUACAGUCUUUGGAACAACAAUUAGAAGAGGCCCAAACAGAAAAUUUUAAUAUUAAGCAAAUGAAAGACUUAUUUGAACAGAAAGCAGCCCAACUUGCCACUGAAAUUGCAGAUGUAAAGUCAAAAUAUGAUGAAGAAAGGAGUCUUCGAGAAGCUGCUGAACAAAAAGUAACACAUCUGACAGAAGAAUUAAACAAAGAAACAACUAUAAUUCAAGAUCUGAAGACUGAACUGCUUCAGAGACCUGGUAUAGAAGAUGUUGCUGUGCUAAAGAAAGAACUGGUGCAAGUUCAAACACUAAUGGAUAACAUGACCUUGGAACGUGAGAAAGAAUCUGAAAAACUCAAAGAUGAGUGCAAAAAGUUACAGGCAGAAUAUGCUAACUCAGAGGCCACAAUAAGCCAGCUAAGGAGUGAACUUGCAAAAGGCCCCCAGGAAGUUGCUGUAUAUGUGCAGGAACUACAAAAACUUAAAAGUUCACUUAAUGAAUUAACACAAAAAAAUCAGAACUUGUCUGAAAAGUUGCUGAAGAAAGACCUGGAGUUUACUCAGUUAGAGGAGAAACAUAAUGAAGAAUGUGUGAGUAAAAAGAAUAUACAAGCAAGCCUUCAUCAAAAAGACUUAGAUUGUCAACAGCUUCAGUCAAGAUUAUCUGCAUCUGAAAACUCCCUGCAGAGAAUACAGGCAGAACUAGGUGAAAAGGGAGAAGCUACACAAAAGCUCAAAGAAGAAUUAUCAGAAGUGGAGACCAAGUACCAGCAUCUUAAGGCUGAGUUUAAACAGCUGCAACAGCAGAGAGAAGAAAAAGACCAGCACGGGUUACAGCUCCAAAGUGAAGUUAAUCAAUUACAUAGCAAACUUCUGGAGACAGAGCGCCAACUAGGUGAAGCUCAUGGUAGGCUAAAGGAACAGAGACAACUUUCAAGUGAAAAGUUGAUGGAUAAAGAACAACAAGUGGCUGAUCUACAGCUUAAACUUUCUCGUUUAGAAGAACAGGAUUUUCACUUUUGCAAUUUAAGCAUAAGAUUGAAUGCUAUCCUAAUUAAAGGUGUGGUUGCCAAUAAUGUUGAAGAAAAAGUAACAAAUUCUACAGAAUUGCAGCAUCAAUUAGAUAAAACAAAGCAACAACAUCAAGAACAACAAGCUCUUCAGCAAAGCACUACAGCAAAACUUCGAGAAGCUCAGAAUGAUUUAGAACAAGUACUACGUCAAAUUGGUGAUAAGGACCAAAAGAUCCAGAACCUUGAAGCCUUAUUACAAAAGAGUAAAGAAAAUAUUUCUUUACUAGAAAAAGAAAGAGAAGAUCUUUAUGCAAAAAUUCAGGCUGGUGAAGGAGAGACUGCUGUUCUUAACCAGUUACAAGAAAAAAACCAUACCUUACAGGAGCAAGUAAGCAUGUUAACUCAACUAACAGAGAAGCUGAAGAAUCAGUCAGAAAGCCAUAAACAAGCCCAGGAGAAUCUGCAUGACCAAGUGCAAGAGCAGAAGGCACAUCUUAGAGCUGCACAAGACCGUGUUCUUUCCUUAGAAACUAGUGUCAGUGAAUUGACUAGUCAAUUAAAUGAGAGCAAGGAGAAGGUCUCCCAGCUUGACAUACAGGUAAUAUUGAAAUUAUGCAAUUUAAUAUUAAAAGCCAAAACUGAAUUACUGCUAUCGGCAGAAGCAGCAAAAACUGCUCAGAGAGCAGAUCUUCAGAAUCAUUUGGACACAGCCCAAAAUGCAUUACAGGAUAAGCAGCAGGAGUUAAAUAAGAUCACUACUCAGUUGGAUCAGGUCACUACAAAGUUGCAGGAUAAGCAAGAACAUUGCAGUCAGUUGGAAAGUCAUCUUAAAGAAUAUAAAGAGAAGCACCUCUCUUUAGAACAAAAAACUGAAGAAUUAGAAGGUCAUAUUAAGAAACUAGAAGCCGAUACUCUUGAAGUUAAAGGAAGCAAGGAACAAGCUUUGCAGGAUCUACAACUGCAAAGACAGCUGAAUACAGAUUUAGAGCUCAGAGCCGCAGAAUUGAGUAAACAGCUUGAAAUGGAGAAGGAAAUAGUAUCCAGUACAAAGUUGGAUCUCCAGAAAAAAUCUGAAGCCCUUGAAAAUAUUAAGCAAAGGCUUACCAAGCAAGAGGAAGAAAAAAAAAUCCUUAAACAAGAAAUUGAAAAUUUAAGUCAAGAUGCAAAGAUGCAGCACAAGGAAUUGAAUAACAAAAUUCAAACAGCAGCAGCAGAACUACAAAAAAUGAAGAUGGAGAAAGAAACUCUAAUGACGGAGCUUUCUGCAACAAAAGGGAAUUUAUCAAAAGUUUCUGAUUCUUUGAAGAACUCCAAAAGUGAAUUUGAAAAGGAAAAUCAGAAAGGAAAAGCUGCUAUAUUAGAUUUGGAAAAAACUUGCAAAGAAUUAAAGCAUCAGCUUCAAGUACAGAUGGAGAACACACUUAAGGAACAGAAUGAACUGAAAAAGUCACUUGAAAAAGAGAAGCAGACUUCUCAUCAGUUGAAGGUGGAACUCAAUUCAGUUCAGGGACAAGUUGUACAGGCCCAGAAUACUUUAAAACAAAAGGAAAAAGAAGAACAACAACUUCAGGGAAACAUAAAUGAGCUAAAGCAAUUGACUGAACAGAAGAAAAAGCAAAUUGAAGCACUCCAAGGAGAAGUUAAAAUUGCUAUUUCACAGAAGACAGAGCUGGAGAGUAAACUACAGCAGCAGUCAAUACAAGCAGCAGAACUUGCAGCAGAGAAAGAGAAAGUGUCAUUGCUACAGAAUACCUGUGAAAAAAGUCAGGAAAAUCUAAAACAGCUUCAGUCCGAUUUCUAUGGGAAGGAAUCUGAGCUUCUUGCCACCAGGCAAGAUCUUAAGUCUGUAGAAGAGAAGCUUUCUCUAGCACAGGAGGACUUGAUUUCAAACAGAAAUCAAAUUGGAAACCAAAAUAAAUUGAUUCAAGAAUUGAAAACUGCCAAGGCUACAUUGGAGCAGGAGUCCGCAAAGAAAGAACAGCAGUUGAAGGAGCAGUGUAAAACACUACAGGAUAUCCAAAAAGAAAAGUCGCUGAAAGAGAAAGAACUAGUAAAUGAAAAAUCUAAAUUGGCAGAGAUAGAGGAAAUUAAGUGUAGACAGGAAAAAGAAAUUGCUAAAUUGAGUGAAGAACUCAAGUCCCACAAGCAAGAAAGCAUAAAGGAGGUAACAAAUCUCAAGGAUGCCAAACAGCUUUUGAUUCAGCAGAAAUUAGAGCUUCAAGGGAAAGUAGAUUCCUUGAAGGCAACCCUUGAACAGGAGAAGAGAAACCAGCAAAUGCUAAAAGAGCAGGUGAAAAAGGAAGAAGAUGAACUGAAGAAAGAAUUUACUGAGAAGGAAGCUAAACUGCAUUCUGAAAUAAAAGAAAAAGAAAUAGGAAUGAAGAAGCAUGAAGAAAAUGAAGCUAAACUUACCAUGCAGAUUACAGCAUUAAGAAACUUAGGCACUGUAAAGAAGGAGUGGCAGUCCAGUCAGCGGAGAGUCAGUGAGCUCGAGAAACAGACGGAUGACUUACGGGGUGAAAUUGCAGUAUUAGAAGCCACAAUUCAGAAUAAUCAGGAUGAAAGGAGAGCACUACUAGAAAGAUGUCUUAAAGGAGAAGGUGAAAUAGAAAAGCUUCAAACCAAAGUCCUAGAAUUGCAGAGAAAGCUGGAUAAUACCACUGCAGCAGUGCAGGAGCUGGGCAGAGAAAAUCAGUCCCUUCAAAUCAAACACACGCAAGCGUUAAAUAGGAAAUGGGCUGAAGACAAUGAAGUACAAAACUGUAUGGCCUGUGGGAAAGGCUUUUCAGUAACAGUGAGACGGCAUCACUGCAGACAGUGUGGAAAUAUCUUCUGUGCUGAGUGUUCAGCCAAAAAUGCCUUAACUCCUUCUUCCAAGAAGCCUGUUCGUGUCUGUGAUGCAUGUUUCAAUGACUUGCAAGGAUAAUGGGUUAUCACAACAUUGGAGUAGUAUUACACUAACAGUAGAUUUUUAAUAAAUGCACUUAAUAGAGGUCUUGGACUACUAUUUGAUUUGGACAGUGGUUGCAAUAUUAGACCAAAUUAGAAUUCAUAUAUUUUGGAAUGUUAUCAAUAUCAAGUAAAACUCUUCUAUUUUUGUGAGACUUGGGCUCAUCUUUCAUUACUUUUUUCCAUUUAACCCCUGGAACAGCUUUCAAGCCAAGUUUAGAAUUAGCCAAUGAAAUGUAAAUAAACUUUGGACAGAAAAUAGCAAUGUAUUUUUUUAAAUAUUAUUUCAUUGUUCACAGAUGACAUGAAUACACUUCCAUAGCUUACUUCUUUCUCCCAAAUUUAGAAUACAAAAAUGUACAUGGGUGAUAUAUGUUGCACAAUAACAUAUUAAUUAUAUUAAAUACUCUUUGUGAAGUCAUGCACAGAACUAUAAAACUUUUUUUCCUUAUAUAUAGGUCCAUAGCUCAAUUGCAUUGUUAUGUUAUAAAUUUACUACUCAAGUGUUCUAAAUACAGUUUAUGUUGAAAUGUGUAUUAACCAUGAAUUUGAACAUGGUUUUUGUUUAAACAAUAUUGAUUAAAUUCUCUUGGGUAGAUUUUAUGAAACCUCUGUAAAAUUAGUUUGCUCACUUUAUGGUUAUCCUGGGGUUGUAUUUUAAAGAUUAGGGUUAAUUUUUCUUUUUUCUUUGUCUUUUUCUAUCUCAUUUUUAAACUCUCACAUAUUCUCAAUUAAGAAUUCUAUAAAACUUCUCACCCUCACCCCCAGUUGGAGGAUGAAUAAUAGAAAUUGUAUAAUGGUUCUAGUCUCAGUUUCUUGUAAGUGGGAAGUUUUCUGAGAUUAGGCUUUAUAUUAUACCCUCAUAUUGUGUCUCCUGCAUCUUUGGGAAUCUGAGUUUGCUUUUUUAAUGGAUCUGUUUUUUCCCUUUUUUUGGCUUAACCUUUACAAGCAUAGCUCAGCUUCACUAUUGUUUUAUUAUUUUGCAUCUUAAAGCCAGUAACUGAUAAUCGCUCUAGUCUUAUCUGUGAAAACAAAUACAAAUGUAAGGAGACAUUAAAUAUUCUACUUUAUAUUUUCUUAUUACCUAAUAGGGAAACAUUUUUGAAAGUUGUGAACUUGACUUAAAUUUAAAAUAGUUGUGAAUUUGGGGUUCCAUAUCAGCUGGUAAAUCUUUUUACUUCGCAAAAAUAUUGCUGUGAAAUUACUUUGAAGUAACAGCUGGAGAGGAGAAUAUCGCCAAAAACAAAUGUUUUUGGGAAUCCCAAAGUUAUAAUCAGAACUGAAAUGGAAUGGCUAAUUAAGGAUAAUUAAAAGUUAGCUUAUUUGUAUGCUGAACAAUGGAAUUGAACUUUUAAUUCAUCAUGGUCUUAUUAAUUUGGCAAAUUGGAAAACAUCUGUAGAGAGGUCAUUAAUAUUGGUUUAUUCUUUCUAGAGAAAAAAAGUGUAAGGUUAUCCAUUGGUGCAGUGUAAUCAUUUGGUAAUAAUAGCAGGGAAGGAUGGGACUUAAUAUUUCAUUUGCAAUGGUUUAUCAUAUACACUUGCUUUCAGAUAUCAUGCUGAAACAAAGUUAUGUUUAUGCUUUACCUGUAACAUCUGUGAACUAAAAGAGAUUGUCAUAUAUUCAUUUAAUUAUUUAAAAAAAACCCAUUUAAGUAAAUCCUGUUGUCAGUGGCUAUUAAGGACCCUGAUUGAGUCCCUCGAUUUAGAUAAACAUAUAUCCUUGAGCUUGUAUAAAGAAGAACUACAAUGAUUCUUUAUUAAAAAUAAUAGUUGGAUAAUAUAAAUUGAGCUAAAAUUAUUUAAGUGUUUUCAUAUACUCUUCAAAUACUCUUAAUUCUAUACUUUAACACAUAAGAAACUAGUAUGAAACUUAGAAACUUUCUGCGUUGGAAAAAUAGAUAUUCAUAGCACCGUAUUUUUUUUUCUUUUUUAAGAUCAUAAAACUUCAUGAGGAUUCUAGAUUCGAAUAUUUGUUCACUUCAUCUCCUAAUUGGGUGCACUGAAGGCCUUUCCCUGUCUUGUCCCCCCACCCACAGAUUCCCCCAAAAUUGUGGGGAGGACAACAAAUAAAAUCAUGUGUUUGAGUCAUUUUCUAGUUUUCAUCUAGCUGAUUUCAUUUCAUAGAUCCUGAACAAUUUACCGUAGGCUAUUAUACUAAUCAUAUUAGACAUGAAACUUUUUUUUUUUGCUUAUUAACUCUCACCAAUUUAAGGUGUUUUGGAAACAGAAAGGAUUUUCUUUUUCUUUUAAUUAAAAAACCAUCUUCUGAGUUCUUACUGGCUCUACAUUUUAGGUGUUUGCUGGUAUUAUUUGUCAGUGAAUUGGAACUGGCACGUCUGAGCUCUUGGCUCUAAUGCAAAGUCUGUUGGCAUCACGUGUUAGUAAAUUCCAAAUCCCAGCACAGAAAUGUGAAUUCAGAUCUUGCUGGGUUAGUGUACAGUAAACUAUACCUACAGAUUUUCUUUACUAGGAAGAAGACAAAGCUGCUGGUAUAGGAUUAGUUCAUGUUGAAGAAAAAAGAGGGAAACAAACACAAAGACCUCAAUGCAGUGUACAAAUAACAUUUUUGUUCAACUACCUCUUAAUGUGGAAUUAGCUAGUUUAAUAGUUUCCUCACAGUAAUGUUAAAUAGUAACUGCCAAAUUUGUUAGUUUCCCAUCUCUCUUAGAAAGGCUUUAAGAUUAUUUUAUAGUUUUGAGAACUUUGAAGUCACUUUUUUUUUUAACUUUGCAUUUGCAUAAAAAUAUUUAGCUUUUAAGUGGAGAGCAAAUUAUGAUCAUAUAUUUUGAUAUUCAAGACCUGUUUGACUAUAGCAAUUUUUUUUAAUGCACUUUGGCUAUAAAACCAUGGAUGAUUUGAUCCAUAAGAUUUAAAUGUGCCAUCAAUUUAGUAUUCCUAGACAUGAACUUGAUGAAUGGUAUUCUGUAAUUAUAAUGUGCCACACAUUAUCGUGUCUUAAUUGCCCUUUGCCUGAAUUUUAAUGAUCAAUUUGUUAUUGUUGCAGAUGUGAAUAUUGUGCAUAAACUUACUAAAUUUAUGUAAAAUUGUAUAAAAAGAAUUGGAAAUAGCUAAGUUCUUUCUGUGUAGAAGUAAUGAAUUUAUUGUAACAUGAUGCAGUUAUGUAUAUGACAUUCUGUACUUCUUUGAACUGGAUCAUAUAUUCAUAGUUUCUAUAGAAACUUCUGCAUGAAUAUUUUCUCAUUUAGGUUUUGGAUUCAUUAUUUGUAUUGUGUUUACUACUUGUGAUCAUGUAGUUGUGCCUUAUUUUGUGAGAGUUUAGCUCAGUAAAUACUGUAAUUUUGAAACUCAGUGAGUGGAAGGUUAUUGAUUAUAAAUGUAACUGAUAAAUUACACAACAGCAUUUAAAUCUGUAUAAAGAACAAUGGAAGGAUCCUUAUUGAAUUGUUGCUUUUGUUUUUUUUUUAAUUUGUUAAAAGAUGAUAUUAAAAAACCAUUUCUUUCUAGUAGAUGUAUUCUGUGACUAA